UUUCCGUGGGGCGACCUGGGAUUCUAAUUGUAACGCAAGCCGAACCAAGAAAUGGCUAACACGAAGAUCACAGCCUGCGUGCUCGUGGUCGUGGUCGCGUUUUUGUCGAGCGCCGAGGCAGCGAAUUACACGGUGGGAGGUUCUGGGGGAUGGAAGAUCCCUUCUAGCGCCGGCUCAUAUUCUGAUUGGGUGAGCCAACACACGUUCGAGGUCGGCGAUGUCCUAGUGUUCGAUUUCGAUUCAAGCACGCACGACGUUGCGGACGUGACGAAGGAGGACUACGACGCCUGCAACACCGACUCUCCGUUCACUGUCAUGUCCACUUCUCCGGCCGCUUACUCCCUCGACAGCGCCGGGGACUAUUACCUUCUCUGCACCUCCGCAGGCCAUUGCUCCCAGGGUCAGAAAUUAGCCGUCACCGUCGCCCAGUCUUCAAGCGGCCCGACCUCCAGCCCGCCGGGAUCCCUGGCACCGCCAACCCCCACCACCGGAGCGACCGCAUCACCGUCGAGUGUUGGCCAGUCUCUUGGUGUUGCGCCGCUAGUCCUGUUCGUGUCCAUCCUCAUGGGCAUGUUGUGCGAAGUCCGCCCCCACACAACGCAUCCAACAAAAAGCCUCCACGCUUUGAUACGAGGCGAUGAGGCCGACCGCGGAAUGGAAUCAUAUCCGAAUAUGGCAAUGGUGAGGCGCUCAGACGGUGUUGUUUUCGCGGCGGUGGUGGCGAUGGUGACUCUGCUGUGGGGAUCCGCCGCACAGCUGUUUGCGCCGCCUCCUGGACAUCCGAAAGGGCCGAUCACUUACACUGUCGGAGACACCAUGGGGUGGACUAAACCCGCAGGUGGCGCGGCCGUGUAUCAAGCUUGGGCUAGCAAUAAUUUAUUCGAGGUCGGAGACAUUUUAGUCUUCAACUUCAACAAUGGAGCGCACGACGUGGCUGAAGUCACGAAGGCGGCUUUCGACUCAUGCAACGGCGCCAACACCCUCUCUAUCUCCACCGUCCCACCGGGGAGGAUCACCCUCACCACCGCCGGCCAGCAUUUCUUCAUCUGUACCGUCCCAGGCCACUGCUCCUCAGGCCAAAAGGUCGCCAUCAACGUCACCGCCGCCGGCUCCUCUGCCACUCCCCCUCCGUCCUCCUCUGUCGCCCCGACCCCCAAGGCUGCCACUCCCUAUCCCUCCCUUGCCCCUCCGCCGACCUCCACCGCAGCCCCAACUCUGUCGCCCUCCGCCUCCACUCCAUCAUCCCCAGCCGCUACUCCGCGGACCAGCGCCGUGACUCCGGCACCUUCCACAGCGAGUCUUCCGCCUAAAGCGGCCAUUCCAUCGCCCUCCGCCACCCUGCCGCCCUCCAGCACGGCUGCUCCCCCAUCUUCAACCCCGGCUCCCUCGGUGGCGACAUCUCCGGCUGGAGUCGCGACUCCUCCAGUGCCAGGGAACUCGGCAGCAUCACUCGGCGUCGCCGGGGUUUCUGCAGCGAUUUGGAUCGCGGCCGUAGCUCUAUUUACUUUCCCGUGAUUGUCGCGGAGUCAAAUUUUUUUGGUCAUUAAUUUGGGUAUUAUGUUUUCAUUUCUCCGGUUGCGGAAGAUGAAAUGAUGAGGUGAAUCGUCGUGAUCUUGGAGUUCUCA